AUGGGGGACAGCGGAGGGCUCGCUGCGAUCCCGCUGCCCCGUUCCCAUCGGAGGGGACGGGGGACCCCGAGGGGAAGGCGCCUGCCGGCCACCUCCCUCCCGUCACUUCAGAUGGAUGGGGUCUCUUUGCAAGUCCUCCUGCGACCCGCCUGCGGGCUAUCUCCUCGCUGGUUUGCGUACGUAGAACGCUCUGGCGGUGACCGUGAUGUUAAUGGAUGUAAAGAGGUCGUUGGCUCGCAAGUGCUCGCCGGCGCGGCAUUUUCGGAUGCGGGCAGUGCCCCGGUGCCGGUCACCACAACCUCACACCGGGACGAUUGGUACCAGAGGCAGCAGAAAUGGCCUCGCUCUCCCCGAGCUGUUUUCCUGGAAAAAUCUCCUUUCCGCCCACGUCCACCCCGACAGUUUUUCACUGGGUCUCGUGGCUCUUUGCCAUGGUUCCUUCUGGUUCAUCAGGAAAAUGCAGAGAGUCAGCCAGUUUGCGUAACAAUGAUUUUGGCAGUGAAUCCAAUAUUUGUAGAUCUGCGGCUGACUAAGAAGGGAUCCAUCCACGCUCGUGAUUUCAAGUCGCUCUCGGCUGAUUCGAAUGGGUGCUUUCGACGCCAAGAUCCGGGUGCAGUCCUGCUGAUGGAUGCUCCAUCACGCAACCCCCGUCCUCGCCGGCACAGCUGCUGCCAUUUCUGCGGAGCUGUUACGGAUGGCAGGGUACCAUAUGCUGAAGCGUCGCCCAGCCUGCUCACGGGGAGCUCCCUACUAGUUGGAAGAUGUAGUGCAAUCUAUGCCUUACCUAAGGAGUUUGAUGGUGCUUCCAAAAUGCUGGCCUUUAACUGGGUACCUUCAUUCAGAUACGGCAAAAUCCGAGAGAAUAGAGAGAAAAAAGAGAAACUGCAAAUUGGACACCCCAUUGACAACCCGUGUACAGAGCAGGGAACAGCCUACUCGAUAAUACAGCGAUAUACCUUUUCUCCCCCAGUAAGGAGCGUUUCGCAGCUUCCCUAUGGCAAAGCCCUCUACACGUAUGAGGGGAAAGAGCCCGGUGACCUCAAGUUUAACAAGGGAGACAUCAUCAUACUGCGGCGGAAGGUGGAUGAGAACUGGUACCACGGGGAGCUCAAUGGGAACCACGGCUUCUUCCCCGCCAGCUACAUCCAGUGUAUCAAGCCCCUUCCACAAGCUCCGCCUCAGGGCAAAGCACUUUACGACUUUGAAAUGAAGGAUAAAGAUCAAGACAAGGAUUGCCUGACCUUCACCAAGGAUGAAAUUUUGACGGUCAUCAGGAGGGUAGAUGACAACUGGGCAGAAGGAAUGCUGGGUGACAAGAUUGGCAUUUUCCCUAUCCUCUACGUUGAGCUGAAUGAAUCCGCCAAGCAGCUCAUCGAGAUGGACAAGACGUGCUCGGCUGCCGCCUCCGGCUGCGACAUGCCGCUGCCCGCGGAGACGGCGGCGGCGGCGGCGGGUCUGGCACCGUGCUCCACGUUGGCCGGUGCUGGGGCGGCCGGGGCAGCCCAGCGGCAGGCGGAGGGCAAGAAGAACGCCAAAAAACGCCAUUCCUUCACUGCCCUCAGCAUGACGCACAAGUCCUCCCAGGCCGCCAGCAACCGGCACUCCAUGGAGAUCAGCGCACCCGUCCUCAUCAGCUCCAGUGACCCGCGGGCGGCCGCCAGGAUCGGGGACCUGACCCACCUCUCCUCCAGCGCCCCGGCCCAGGAUUCCUCUUCAAUUGGAACAGCCACAGUGGCUGGUCCCAGGACAAGUGCAAUAAUUGGAGAUCAGGGAACACCACCGAAGGUCCAGCUCCCCCUCAAUAUCUACCUAGCCCUGUAUGCCUACAAGCCUCAGAAGAACGACGAGCUGGAGCUCCGCAAAGGUGAGAUGUACCGAGUCAUUGAGAAGUGCCAGGACGGCUGGUUCAAGGGGACGUCUCUGAGGAGUGGGAUGUCUGGCGUCUUCCCAGGCAACUACGUGACGCCUGUUUCAAGGGUGCCGGUGGGAGCCGGGCAGCCCAGGAACAGCGGAGCCGGGGGAGCUCCGACAACGAAAGGAGCCCCAGGAGCCAUCCACCCCAUCGGGGCCGGUCACACCAACGCCACCACAGCUGUCAGACCUGUUGUCCCUAUCACUGUGCCUCAGACGCAUCCCCAGCUCCAGGCAGCCUCUCCGCAGCUCAAUAACUGCUUGAGGUAUUCAGCUCAGCAGCCAGCCAGCCAGACCCGCAACGCCAUGCAGAUGGCUCACCCCGCAGUGCCGGCCCCGGAGCGGCCCACCGCCACGGUGUCGCCCCUGCGGACGCCCAGCUCGCCCUCCCGCUUGCCGGCGGCCACCAUCCGGCCUCACCCCGCCGUCUCCCCUCAGCACGGCCACCAGCCGCCCACCCCGGGGAGCCGGCCCCUCAUCCCCCUCACCUCCGCCGCCGCCGCCAUCACCCCACCCAACGUCAGCGCGGCCCACCUCAACGGUGAGAAGGAGAAGAAGAGCGGGCUGCUGAAACUUCUAGCAGGAGCAUCAACAAAAAAGAAGUCGCGCUCCCCACCGUCCGUGUCCCCCACACACGACCCCCAGGCAGCCAUCGAAGGAGUCCUGCAAGGGGCGGUGGGACCCGAGCUCUCCUCACUCUCCAGCCACGGCAGGGCCGGCUCAUGCCCUAUCGAGAGUGAAAUGCAGGGAGCCAUGGGGCUGGAGCCUCUGCACAGGAAAACGGGCUCCUUGGAUUUGAAUUUUUCCAUCCCUUCUCCUGCCAGGCAGCCCCUCUCUUCCAUGGCAGCUAUUCGGCCAGAGCCCAAGCCUUUGCCCCGGGAAAGGUACCGUGUUGUGGUCCCGUACCCGCCGCAGAGCGAGGCCGAGAUCGAACUGAAGGAAGGUGACAUUGUGUUUGUGCACAAGAAACGGGAGGACGGCUGGUACAAAGGGACGUUGCAGAGGAACGGCAGGACGGGCCUCUUCCCCGGGAGCUUUGUCGAGAGCUUCUGAGGACGGCUCGCCGCUCUCUCAACUGGAGAAGCUUUCAGGGGAAACUGCAUAGCACAAGAAGAGACAGCAAAGAGAAACUGGACUGAUAACCACUGCCAUUUUUAUUUCCAAAGACUCCCCCCAGGCCCUUCAGACUACAGCUCUGGAGACGCGGUGCCCCGCUGUGCUCCCGAGACCGCGUGCAGUGCAUGCAGUGGUAUGUUGAAGUAGUGCCUUCCACCUGGAAUCACAGACUGAAAGGACGCCCAUCUGGACUGUACGUAACCUAAACUCCGGCUGUUAACCCUUUGUGUAAAUUAUAGAGAAGAUAUCUUUAAAAAAAAAAAAAUUAAGAGGAAAGUUGUUAUAUUGCUGUAACUUAUUUGUCAGAGCUGCAGUGUUCUUAUUACUGGCCUAUGCAAGAUGGAUUUGAGAGUUCAAGGAGGUGUGCUAGGAAGCUCUUAAACUGGGAUUUUGUUUCUCCCGAGGGAAA